AUGACCAGCAAAGAUCUCUUUCACGCCAAUGUGGUGCACCAGCCCAUAUACCAAGACUACGACCGCCCCAGCCGGUCGCUCUGGCAGUCGCUGCGGCGCCGCCAUCUGCUGCACCCCUCCGGCAUCCCUCUCUUCAACCCCGACCGGACCUACCGCAGCCACCGCCCUCUCUCCCCCGCCGAGGCUCGUUCCCUCCCCUCUGACUGGGUGGUCGUGCUGGGGAAGUGGCCAAAGUCGAGGACGCAGGCUAUGGCGAAUUUUGAAGAGGUGGAGGCGGAGGUGGUGAGGCGGUUAGGGCACGAGAGAGUGGUGGUGUUUAACGGGUUGCUGCCGAUUCUUCAAGCGUGCCUGUACAUAGCAGCCCACGGAGCGGCCCUUGCCAACAUGGUCUUCAUGCCGGAGGAAAGCUCGGUGCUCGAGAUUCGCCCUGAGGGUUGCCAUGUGAUCGUGUACCACGCUCUCGCCAGAGCUUGCUCCCUGCGCUACCAUCUCAUUUUCAGCAAGGGUGAUUGGUUCUCGCUGAUUGUGGAUAAUAUGACGAAUGUGGCUGAGGUGCUUGACUCGCUUCAUGCCCGAAUUCAAAAGGAGGAUAAUGGAGGUGUGUCGUUGUACUAA